AUGCACGACUACUCCAGAGUGAAUGCUCUACUUGCUGCCGCUCUUCAGGAUCAUGAUAUAAAAUUUAAAAAAGAGGCCAUCGCUGUCGAGCUAGACGAUGGAUCACCACAAGGCAGAACUAAUGCCCAGUGGGUCGUGGAGCAUAUAAGCUCUAGCACAUUGCUCUCCAAGGAUGAGGCGGCCUUAGUAAAGACCUUAGAACAAUCCGGCAUACUCGAGACCCUUCUCCGGCGGCCCGAUUUGACUUCCACACGAGCCCUGACCGAAGACGAGAUCCGCGAAGCUACGGCAACCUUGAAAGCAUCAACUGCAACAUGUGCGAAACAGGUAGCGACGUUAAAGUCUCAAUUGGAGCUCAUCGAACGGUUACAAACUGACAGCCGGGCGGCCGAUCGAAAUCAGGAAAGAUACAUAACUGGGACGAACAGGCAACAUCUGUUGGAAAAGCAAAGGAUAAAAGCUAUGGCUGAAGAUAUCAAGACCGAUUUCGAAAGCAGAAUGCACGAAUAUCAACAACAAAAGCAGACGGAAAGAAAGCACCUUCUUCAAAGGGCAAGCUCAAAACUAGUGAAAGACGAUGAGAUUCUUUCUAAAGCGGAAAGAAUUUUGGCGGAUUCGGAGUCGACAGAAGCAGAUGGGAAAUUGGAGAAACGAGCAUUGGAUUUGAUAUCCGUUCUUUCAAGACUGAGCUCAGAGGAAAUUCGUUGUCGACUUGAUCGAUUAUAUCUCGAAAAUCUCUUAUCGGACGGCGAAGUCGGGACAGACAUCGAAAAUCAAGAAACAAAAAUCGCAUUGGAGGAAGACUUGGAAUCGCUAUACUCGGAAAUUGAAGUUUUGGCUGAAAUGUCUGCUAGACAAGAGUUUGGACAGCCUAUACUCGGCGAACUGCGCAAGAAUAAACAACAUUCCGCUAAUUCAUUGGAAGAGAAUCUAGAUACGAUCUUGGAGGUGCUCUCGCAGAUGACACGCUCAACCGAACAAGAGGUGAAUAACAUUCAGUAUCGGCAAUCGCAUCGCGAAGCUCUGGAUCAGAUGUCGACUCUUUUCAAGGAAGAGGUAUCUAGCCGAGAAGCCGAGCAUAUUCAAAACAAAAAGGCACAUCGCAGGCAGUCCUCCUUAUCUUCACCCGUCAAGGCUCCACAACCGCGAACCUCAAAUGUUGUUACACAGUCCUUGCAGUCUUCCGAAAGCUUUUUACGACGUUUCGGCAUCACACCUUCAACUUCUCUCUCCGCACGCGAGUUAGCUCUGGAAAAGCGGACAGAAUUGGCUGACAUCCUUCACCACAAUCUUAGUGUGGCGGCCGAAAUGCCACUUUAUGAGACUUUGGGCUCCAGUGACGAGGCUAAGCAGCUUUUAACUAGUAUUUUACAUGCGGACUCGCAUGCAGAGCCGUCAUUAGUUGACGUCGCCCAAAAAGAACAUCUCAGUGAUCUCGAGAAGGAACUUGCAACUAUUCAGAAAGAUAUCGAGCACAUUGGCUUGAAUGUCCUUGUGGAGCCAAAUAGGUCUCACGAUAAGUUUAUAAAAAAGUGGGGACAGCCUUGA